AUGUCAUCUUCACCCCCUUCCAGUACUCCAGUCCUACGUCUCCGUCCGCUGUCCGAAUCUGACAAUCCCUCUCGAGAUUCCAUACACGCCAACGUCGCCAAGGAUGUCGCAAGAUAUUACAAGAAAGCAGGAUCGGCAUCGAGUCCCAUCUCUUUCGAUAUUGGACCAGCGUAUCACCCACGAUUCAACCACCGGAAUUCCUGGGAACUAGAGUCUCCUAAGAUAUCCGAACCCAAUUCACCAAUUGAGCCAUUUUUGGCUUCUCCCAUCGAAAGUCGCCCUUCUUCUCCGGUGGGAUCGACGGGUAGUAUGGUUACUCACACCUCCUCUCAGACAGACGACUCAUCCACAGAAUCUGGAGACGCUGCACCGAGAAACGAGGAUUUAAUCAAAGAGCGAGACGAAGCAACGGAACGCUGCUCCAAUCUCCUUGAACAACUCUUGAUGGAAAAGUCAAAAAGCUUGAUCUUAGAAAAGGAAAGAGAUGACGCAAUUCUCAGUGCGGCAGAAACCAAGACGAAGUACGAAAUCAUAGAGAAGGAAAACGAUGAUACCAAGCGCAAAUUAUGGGAGAUGCGGUAUCAGCUGACCAAAUUGGAGAAGAGGAAGACGGGAAUUUUUGUCGGCGAGAAAAUAGCGUUGGUGCAGGCGGAGAGAGAUCAAGCUAUUUUGCAAGCAGAGGCGAAAGCAGGUGGAGAAGGAAAAGAUGAGGGAAAGCAACUUAUCGUUGAAGUCGCAGAGUGGCAGAACGAAAAAGUGGAGGAGAUCAAUGAAGCGAGACGAGUCGCAGCCAAGAGAUCUGAAGAUAUGGAGUUGGCAGAAAGAGAAAGAGAUGAGGCAUUGCAGCUUGCAUCUGAGAGAUUGAGUCGAAUGAAUGACGCGCAGCGAAAUGCAUUGGUGAGAUUGAGAGAGAUGCAGCUGGCGCAGAAGGAAAGAGAUGAUGCCCGACAACAUGCAGCAGAGAGCUUGGGGAAAUGGAUUUGCUUGGAACAGAAAUAUGAAGAAGAAAAGCAUGAGGUCCAUUUGCUACGAACGGAGAUAGAGAGGAUGAAAGAGGAGAAGAAGAGGCGAGGUUACUGGACAUAUUUCCUUGGUGCAUUGUUCGAUUGA